GCGCUGCGCAGAGUGCCCUUUGUCAUGUAACUUUUCUCUAAAUACACGGUGUGUACUUUAGGCAACAGAUGGUGUAGCUCAAAACGCGAUUGGCUUAUUUCCUUCAGCCCAGGUAGUUCCUGGCAUGGUCGCAUCUUGAGCUGCUCGCCUCGUGCGUGACCUCGCCGCUCCUCGUCAGUCUGGAUGGACCUCAGGGUCGCCAUCAAAAGUCCAAGCUCGCGGACGUCCAAGUGGUACAGCAGCAGCUCUAGGGGUCCAUUGUCUGGGCACGGUACCUGCAUUUGGAGUAUGAAGGAUACUGGACAUGCUGUACUAGAUCCCUGGGCAGGUACCUGGUAGGUACCUGUCAUCUAGUGCCAUCUCACGUGUGCCCGUCAGUGGAUUUUAAUUUCCAUCCAUGGCGCGCGCCGAUAACCUUGUGCUCCUCCCGCGCCGACGACCUCCGCUCGAUCCAGGCGAACCGUACUUUAGCCCGCUAGUCCAACUCUUGAUGCGGCCCAAUUGCGAUACCCUCCCUUUUACCAGGCCCGCCCCGACAGCGAAGCGCAGCUCCGUCUCUAGACCCCGACUCCCCGCCCGUUUUCCAUCCCAUCUGAACAGCACACAAAAAAGGGGGGCCAAGACCGCACCCCUUGACCGCGGACCGGACCGCGACCACAACGCGACGACCACGACUCCCGCCCACAGACACACAGACACGGGCCUAGACUGCGUCGAUGGAGAAGUUCCCCGACCUCGACGUCGGCGGCAUCCCUCGCAAUGCCGCCAGCCCCAUGAAACCAAACGGCCACGCCAACGGCAACGCCAACGGAAACGGCACCGCCAACGGCGGCCACUGGCGACCCCGGUCCGAGAGCAAUGGCCAGGCGCGAGGGGUGCGAUGGGGCGCCGCCCCGAACGGCAUCAGCAUGGGUCGCGGCCACGACAGGCAGAAGAGCAUAGGCGACGCCUUGCGCACCAUCAGGCAAAGGCACGGCAGCGUCAGCCAAAAUGCUCACGAGAUUGCCGACGCCCUCAAGGCCCCCGUCUCCCCUAGACUCAUAUUCCUCUGCGUCGUGUGGUACGCCUCGUCGGCGCUGACCAACACUUCGUCCAAAUCCAUCCUCAACGCCUUCGACAAGCCCGCCACUCUGACAUUGGUGCAGUUCGCCUUCGUCUCGUCAUACUGCAUCCUCCUGUCCUGGCUGGCAUCCAUCUUCCCCGGCCUGCGCGCGGCCAUACCAGCCCUCAAGCAUGGCAUCAGACCCCCCACCAGGGACGUCAUCCACACUACCCUCCCUCUAGCCGCCUUCCAGAUCUUUGGCCACCUCCUCAGCUCGACCGCCACCUCGAAAAUCCCCGUGUCGCUCGUCCACACCAUCAAGGGCCUCUCCCCGCUCUUCACAGUCUUCGCCUACCGCCUCAUCUUCAACAUUCGCUACCCCGCCGCCACUUACCUGUCCCUCAUCCCCCUGACUUUGGGCGUCAUCCUCGCGUGCUCUGGCAAGCACAAGUGGGGCGGCGAGUUCCUGGGCAUCCUGUACGCCCUGCUGGCCACCAUCAUCUUCGUGACGCAGAACAUCUUCUCCAAGCGCCUCUUCAACGAGGCCGCCCGGGCCGAAGCCGAGGGCCUGGGCGCCCGCUCGCGCAAGCUUGACAAGCUCAACCUCCUCUGCUACUCGUCCGGCAUGGCCUUUGUGCUGACAGUGCCCAUCUGGGCCUGGAACGAGGGCAUCGGGAUCCUGGGCGACUUCCUGUACGACGGCUCGGUGGAUCUGAACGCGACUCCGGGCUCGUUUGACCACGGCCGCCUGUUCGUCGAGUUUGUCUUCAACGGGACGUUCCACUUUGGCCAAAACAUCAUGGCCUUUGUCCUGUUGUCCAUGGUGUCUCCCGUGACGUACUCGGUAGCCAGCCUGAUCAAGCGCGUCUUCGUCAUCGCCAUAGCCCUGAUCUGGUUCCGCAGCCCGACCACCAAGGUGCAGGCCUUCGGCAUCGCCCUCACCGUCUUUGGCCUGUACCUCUACGACCGCACCAAGGGGGGCAACAAGGCCGACCGCAAGGCCCAGUCCCUGGCGGAUGCCAAGAACCCCAUCCUCCCACUCAACAACAAGUCUGCGCUCGACGGCGGCGCCAACGGGCCGAUAUUCGAGAGCCCCGUCUCCACCAGCCACCCGGCCUUCAACAGCGCCCCGCCCCGGCCCUACGUAAACGGCUACGCCCUGCCCAGGUCGACCGAUGACAAGAAGUCGGACGAGCUGCCCGGCCGCGGCGCUCGCAGCAGAGGUGCCAGCACGUCUGCGUGGAGGCCGCCCGGGACGCGCCAGGAGGACACAUGGCGUGUCGGCGACAGGCCCGAGGUUGAGGCUCGCUGAGGCUGCCAGCUGGGGUUCGCUUGCUUUUUUUUUUUGGGACAGCGAUCCGCCCUGGGCGCUUUCAUGGCGUGUAAACAAUUCUUCUCGCUCGCCAGACACAGGCAAGCAUGCAUUCUUGCUUUGCCAAUUGUUCCUGCAUAUGCUUCCCUUUUCUUUGGUUUCUCUUUUUUCGCCUGGUUUAUCGGCGUGGGAACAUUCCCUGCUGGGCAUGCACCCUACGCCCGGGUCACCAUGUUGCAAUAUAGAAAAUGGGUACAUGCGUCUUCGCUCCUUGUAUUCUUUGUCUUUCUGUUUUGCCCUCUGCUAUUUGGUGUUUACCCUAGUGUGGCUUCUCUCAUUCUGGGAUACAGAGACAUUUGCUGCACCAUGGAUGCCGUAAUUACAUAGGCACGUUCUGGGCUGGGUUGCCUGAGCUGGGGACUCCCAGGCAUUGAAAACAUGAUAGGUCAGAGCACCAAUCGUUACUUUCCGCUGCGUUGCGGCGAACAAUGCCAAUACGCAGAGGACGAAAUACCCCUUGAUCGCCGACGCGUAUAACGAUGUCAGGAGUCAAAGCGGACACGGAUAUAUGACAUAAUCAGAUAUAUAAAAGAGAAUGAACGGUUAAUGAUUUAAUUAUCUAGUCCAGAGAUUAC